CAAUUUCUGCGCAAAAAAUCGAAGUUGCUGUCCGUACCGUCCAUUGCUUCCGUCGACGCGACUGCGCCGACGACCUGGACGACGACAACGACCGACGACAUGGCCUCGGGAAGCGACGGGAUGCUCACGGAGCGAUCCCAUCUUCUUUUGCUCCAUAGCGACACGACCGGUCCGGCGACGAGCAACGGUGUAGCCAACGACGUCGACAUCGACGUGCACGCACCAGCGGCCAAGCUCUACAGCAGCCCACAGCCGGCACAGAUUUUGACUCGAGGGCGAUCACCGUCCACAGUGUCGAGCCUCGACGAGGGCAUUGCAGUGGACGCCAACUCGACGCGGAGCAUCGAGCCGGCUACAACGCAAGUCAUACCAGAGCGUACACUGUCGCCUCCGCGCCUUGCUGCAAGCGAUCCAUCGUCUUCGAGCACGCACGUUACAGUCAAGGACGAGCCAGCGACCGUCCCGCCGAGAGCAGCGUCCAGCACAAAGCGCCGCCGAGUCAACCCCAACAACACAUCGCCAACGCCGUCGAAUGCCAUGUCGACGCCGCCAUCCGUUGUCGCCCAGCGCAAGAAGAUUGCGACCAAGAAUCGGUUCUUGAACCUCUUGCAGAUCGACAUGAAAGAGCCGGCGCCCGAGAAGCCCAAGCCACGCAACCACGUCGCGCACGAAGCCAAGCCUGCGGCCAAAGCACGUACGCACACGGCGCCGCCACGACGUCGCGCGUGCGCCACUAACCCGUCGCCCAAGUCGCGUCGCGCCUCAACCGGCGCCCCACGCGCCAAAGGCAAGCGUAAGCUCUCCUUCGCCGCGCCCUCCAGCAGCAGCAGUGAGGAUGACGCAGAGGUACUAAAUCUAAACAGCAGCGACGACGACAAGGACGAUGAUGACACGCAUCACGACGACGAUGAAGGAUCACGUCUCGGCCGGCCAGCCGUGUACCCGUGGCUCGUCCGCCAGGAGAAGGGCAAGCCGCCACCCGAAGACUGGAUGUGGACCAUGUUUGACCGCGAUUACUUCCAGCCCAUCGAUGUCAGCCGCGCGGACGAGCUCGAACGCAUGAGCCGCGCAGUCGCCACCAUGGGCGACCCGUUCAUUCGCGAAGCGCCGCCCGGAUGGCUCCCCGAAGCCACCGACGAAGCGCCGUUCGUGCUGCCGCGUCGAGGCCGGUACUACCGCGAAGUGUGGCAAGACCAGGAGUUUGUCGAGGCGGUUGGCGGCGACUUUGUCGCGCUCGACGACAACCACGUGCUCGCCACGAGCUACAACGACGACGUCUUUGAGGCCUACUACUGCAAACUCGAAGCCGCCUUGGGCGACGACGGCUCGUUCCCGAUCGACGGCCUCCUCCCGGACCCGACGCCCGCAGAGGCGACCGAGAGUGACGAGAUUCAUGUCGCGCUACAGCAGUGCGUGGCGGCGUUCGUGCCCCAAGUGCUCUCCAACUGGCACACGCUGCGCCACCUCGCCGACCGCGUGCGCGACAUGGCCUCGCUCGACGCCCUCUACGAGCAAGAAGCCGCGCUUGUCCAGCGCGUGGAAACCUCGUACAACGCGCUUCGUCGCCGGUCCAAGAAGGCGCCAGGCAAGCGCAGUCUGGUGCAGCGUGCACCGUCUCGGACGCCGGCGCAGACUGCGGCCUGUGCGUUCGCAGCGCAGUUUGCCACGCAACUCGUCGUCGGCGACGGUGUCGACUACUUGGACGCGACCGGUCAGUGGGCAAGCGCUGUGGUCGUCGAUGUCUUUCCCGAGGCGGGCGAGCGACUGACGCACGUCAAGGUGCAUAUGCACAAGUGCAGCCUCGCGUCGCAGACUUGGGUCGCUGUCGCCGGCGGCCGGCUCUUGCCACCCGGCGCGGUCUCGACCCGCGAAGCGCCGCACUUGGCGCUGCAACUGGCCAACGACCAACGCGGUAGCGCAAUGCGAGCGACCGCCGUCCUGCCUUGCCCCAGCGCGACCGUCGCGCUCGCUCGGACCCUCGAGACGCUCGUCCCUUCGUCGAAACCGUAGCUUGUCUCGUAUUGAAACUAAUUAUAGUGCACAUCAAACUACGUACAAAUGGCGUCGA